AUGGAGCCCCUUCUGGUCAUCCUCCUAGUGAUCUAUUCCACAGUAUUUGUGGUCGGAUUUACAGGAAACCUUCUGAUGGUUCUUGUCACUUUUCACAGCAAAAACCUCCGCUCAAUUUGCAACAUGUUGAUUUGUGCGUGCUGCUUUUGUGAUAUGCUCUUGUUCACCGACAUCAUCGCAUUCUUCAUCUCUAUGUUUAUUCCAAUAAGUCAAGAAAUGUGCUUCUACAUCAACAUUCCUGCCGACUUUGGAGCGUUUGCUUCGAACGCGUGUGUGUUGGCAGUGGGGAUAGAUCGAUUGAUAGCGGUAGCUAGUCCAGGAAGAUACAAGAUGCUAGAACUCGAGAGAGUCAAAUAUUUCACACUUCUCAUGGCUUUUCCCGUCAUCUACGCCCUUGCUCUGCUAGUCGUGGGAUUUGGUCAACGUGAUCCGACAAAAACCGUCCCAUGUCUUCUUCCAAACUCCUUGGGACACGCUUACGACCUGUUCGCGUUGACUUCGUUCGUUAUCAAUCUCUUCGUACCACCCAUCUACGUCUACGUCUACUUUAGAAUCAAGAAAGUCAGAAGUGAGUUUUCGGUGAAAGCUGUGUUCAAAUCUCUGCUUGUGACCGUUUGUCUUGUUGUCUGUGGAUGGAUGACAACAGAUUUGAUCGGAGCACUCUCUGUAACAAUUCCAAUGGAUCCAAAAUUAGCAAACAUGAUACAGUUGUACUGUGGAACGUUUAUUUUCACAUCUUCCGCGUUCAAUGCAGUGGUUUAUUAUAAGUUGAGCCGUGACUAUCGUAGUGCUAUGCGCAACAUGUUGGGCGUUGCAAACGAGACACAAGCCUUGAAAUCUACGACGUACAAGGAGCAAACAGAUGCACAGAGAUCUACAGCCAAUCGUGUAUCAACUAACACGAAUAUGAUAAAUACAGAUAUGAAUGUCUAG